AAAACAAAACAACUCAAACGCCUCCGUCUUUUUCUCUCUCCCUUCCAAUGAUGAUAUUAUUAUUCUGUGGUAUUUCUUGUGGUUUGGUUCCUGUUGUUGUUUCCUGCUCUUCUGCCCAAAUCCAUUGAAUUCGCUACCUACUCGCAGAAACUUCCUCCAAAACCCUAUCGAAUCCCUCAUCGUCCAGCUCUAGAUCCAUCUCUUCUUCGUUUCGGCCUCUGGAUUCUCUGCUUCGAUCCUCGUUUCUUCCAUCUAGGGCUUCUUUUUUCCCGUCGAUGCCUUGACGAUUUUGUUUGUUCUCAGCUUUGGUUUCGCUUUCGGUCUGCUUAGGUUUUAGUGCGGGAGCUGAAAUUCUCGUACCUUUUUUUUUCUUUGGUGUUUGUUGUUUGUUUUCCUGUUUUUUGAUUGGAAUUUUGCGAUGGAUGGUAAUAAUUGGAGGCCUGCUGCUCAAACUCAAGCUUCAGCUGCAGCUCCAGCUCAAGCUCAAGCUCAAGCUCAAGCUCAAGCUCAAGCUGAGCCACCAACCUCCAUGGACGCGGGCGAUUGGAGGACCCAAUUACAACCUGAUUCACGGCAAAGGAUUGUCAACAAGAUAAUGGAUACUUUAAAGAGGCAUCUUCCCUUUUCGGGCCAAGAAGGGUUGCAUGAACUGAAGAAAAUUGCUGUCAGGUUUGAGGAAAAGAUAUAUUCUGCAGCGAUAAACCAGUCUGAUUAUCUGAGGAAAAUAUCACUGAAGAUGUUGACGAUGGAGUCAAAGUCUCAGAAUACAAUACCACCGAAUGCUCCUGGUAGUAGCAAAAAUCCUGCAGAUCCUGCCAAUCAAUCUCAACCACGCCAACAGUUGUUAUCACAGAACACAUCUUCUGGAGUGCAAAGUUCUGCUGGCUUACCAAGCACUCUGCCUCCCGUCAGCAGUUUAACUCAAACUCCAAUGCCAAAUGUUGUUGGCCCGAAUUCCAAUAUGCAGAGCAUUUCAGGCAUUUCGCAGAAUUCGGUAGCAAAUUCAAUGGGGCAAGGGGUGUCUUCUAAUGUGUUUGCUGGUUCUCAGAGGCAGCAGAUUCAGGGAAGGCAGCUUUCGCAGCAGGUUGUUUCCCAACAGCAGCAGCAGUCUCAGAAUCCACAUCAGUAUAUGUAUCAGCAGCAGUUACAACAACAGCUCUUGAAACAGAAGCUCCAGCAGCAGGGAAAUAUACCACCCUCACUUAUGCAAUCUCACAUUCAGCAACAACAGCAGCAGCAGCAGCAGCAGCAGCAACAGCAGCAGCAGCAGAAUCUCUUGCAACCCAAUCAAUUGCAAUCGUCUCAGCAAUCUCUUAUGCAGCAGCAGAAUCUCUUGCAACCCAAUCAAUUGCAAUCGUCUCAGCAAUCUCUUAUGCAAACAUCAUCUGUUAUGCAGCCUUCUGUGAUGCAAUCCCCUCCACUUUCUGGCCUUCAACAGAAUCAGCAGUCUUCUGCUCAACAGCCAGCACAAUCUGUUCUUCAACAGCAUCAGCAAUCAGUUCUUCGGCAGCAACAGCAGCAACAACAGGCUCCUAUUAUGCAUCAUCAGCCACAGCAGCAAAUGUUGCCAUCACAGCAGCAGCAGCAGCAGCAAUCAUUGAUGGGGCAACAGCCAAACGCUGCAAACAUGCAACAGAACCAGUUAAUUGGGCAACAAAGCAGUGUUCCCGAAAUGCAGCAGCAACAGCAACCGCAACCGCAGCUGCCGCCGCAGCAGCAGCAGCAGCAACAGCAGAGGUUGCUAGGCCAGCAGAAUAAUCUUUCAACCCUGCAACAACAGCAACAGCAGUUACUGACUCAGCAAAACAACCUCUCAAAUGUACAUCAGCAGCAGCUGGGUCCUCAAAGUAAUGUUGCCGGAAUACAGCAGCAGCAGCAAUUGCUAGGAACUCAAUCUGGUAACUCCAGCAUGCAGAAUACUCAGCACUCUGUACACAUGCUGCAACAAUCAAAGGUUACAGUGCAGCAACAAAGCCAGCAAAACACGUCAACUCCGUUACAAUCACAACCACAGGCUCCACAGCAGCAAUUGUUAUCACAGAUUCAACCACAGCCAGCACAGCUGCAACAGCAGUUGGGUUUGCAACAACAGACAAAUUUAUUGCAGCGAGAUAUGCAGCAAAGACCUCAAACUUCAGGAGUCUUGCUUCAACAGCAGAAUGUACUUGACCAGCAAAAGCAGUUAUUUCAAUCGCGUGCUAUUCCAGAGGCAUCAUCCACUUCUUUGGAUUCCACAGCUCAGACAAAUGGGGGUGAUUGGCAGGAGGAGGUUUAUCAAAAGAUUAAAUCCAUGAAGGAGAUGUUCUUACCUGAAUUGAGUGAGACGUAUCAGAAAAUUGCUGUAAAGUUGCAGCAGCAAGAUUCUCUUCCUCAACAGCCCAAGUCGCAGCAGUAUGAUAGGUUCAAAAUGGUUAAGGUUAUGUUGGAGCACAUUAUAUCAUUUCUGCAGGUUUCCAAAAGUAAUGUUACCCUUGCUUACAAAGACAAAUUGGGUUCCUAUGAAAAGCAGAUAGUUACUUUUCUUAACACAAAUAGGCCUAGGAAACCUGGUACUUCACUGCAGCCAGGGCAGCUUCCUCCGUCCCAUAUGCAGUCCAUGCAGCAGCCUCAGCAGCCACAAUCUCAGAUAACUCAAGUGCAGUCCCAUGAAAAUCCAAUGAACCCUCAAUUGCAAUCAAUGAAUUUACAAGGUUCUGUAGCACCAAUGCAGCAGAACAAUGUAACAAACUUGCAGCAUGGCGUGUCUUCUUUAUCUGGGAUUUCAACUGGGCAGCAGAGCAUGAUGAAUUCCUUGCAGCCCAGCUCAAAUUUGGAUUCUGGACAAGCGAGUGCACUGGGUUCAUUGCAGCAGGCUGCUGUGGGAUCUCUACAACAGAAUCCUGUGAGUGCUUCCCAACAGGCAAAUAUAAACACCUUGUCAUCACAGAGUGGGGUGAAUGUUCUCCAGCCUAAUAUUAACUCCCUUCAGUCAAAUUCCAGUAUUCUUCAACAUCAGCAUCUGAAGCAACAGCAGGAACAGCAUCUCUUACAGACACACCAACUGAAACAGCAGUUUCAACAGCGUCAGAUGCAUCAGCAGCAAUUCAUGCAGAAACAGCAAAUGCUGCAGCAGCAGCAGCAACAACACCAGCAGCAACAGCAGCAGCAGCAGCAACAACAGCAGCAGCAGCAGCAGCAGCAGCAACAGCAACAACCACCAUUGCACCAGCAAACAAAGCAGCAGCAAGCCACACAGUUACAAGCACAUCAAAUGCCACAGCUUCAUCAGAUGAAUGAUGUGAAUGACAUGAAGGUUAGACACGGAAUGAAUGUUAAGCCAGCUGUUUUCCAGUCACAUCCUUCUGCAGGCCAGCGUUCAGCUUAUCAUCACCAACAGUUGAAACAAGGCGCUUCUUUUCCAAUAUCUUCGCCCCAGCUUCUACAGGCUGCAUCCCCGCAAAUUCCUCAACAUUCUUCUCCUCAAAUUGACCAGCAAAAUAUGCUGACAUCCUAUACAAAAGCUGGAACUCCUUUGCAAUCUGGAAACUCUCCAUUUGUUCCAUCUCCAUCAACUCCACAUGCUCCAUCCCCUAUGCCUGGUGAUUCUGAGAAGCUUAAUACUGGUGUUUCAUCCCUUUCAAAUUCAGGAAAUAUUGGACAUCAACAAACAACCGGUGCAGUAGCUCCGGCUCCAUCCCUUGCCAUUGGCACUCCUGGGAUAUCAGCCUCUCCUUUGCUGGCAGAAUUCACUAGUCCAGAUGGGAAUCAUGGCAAUCUCUCAAUAAAUGCCCCGGGCAAGUCAAGUGUGACAGAGCAGCCUUUGGAGCGCUUACUCAAAGCGGUAAAAUCAAUCUCACCUAAAGCGCUAAGUGAUUCGGUAAGCGACAUUGGCUCAGUUGUUAGUAUGAUAGAUAGGAUAGCAGGAUCUGCACCAGGUAAUGGAUCUAGGGCUGCGGUUGGUGAGGAUUUGGUUGCCAUGACAAAGUGCCGUUUGCAAGCAAGGAAUGUGGCUGCACAAGAUGGGAUGACUGGGGCAAAGAAAAUGAGGCGCUACACUAGUGCCAUGCCCUUAAAUGUUGUGUCAUCAGCUGGCAGUAUAAAUGAUAGUUUCAAGCAAUUCAGUGAGACAUCUGACCUGGAAUCAACUGCAACAUCUAGUAUCAAAAGGCCUAAGAUUGAGGCAAAUCAUGCCCUUUUGGAAGAAAUAAGGGAGAUAAAUCGGCGGCUUAUAGACACUGUUGUAGAUAUCAGUGAUGAGGAUGUUGAUCCAACUGCAUUUGCUGCUGCUGCUGAAGGUGGUGAAGGAACUAUUGUCAAGUGUUCAUUUACUGCUGUGGCUUUGUGUCCAAACUUGAAAUCGCAGUAUGCUUCAGCCCAAAUGUCACCGAUUCAGCCAUUGCGACUGCUUGUUCCUGUGAAUUAUCCUAAUUGCUCCCCAAUCCUCCUUGACAAGUUUCCAGUUGAAGUCAGCAAGGAGCAUGAAGAUCUCUCAGUAAAAGCGAAGUCACGGUUUAGCAUCUGUCUUCGAAGCCUUUCACAGCCUAUGUCACUUGAGGCAAUAGCCAGAACAUGGGAUAUCUGUGCUCGUGCUGUUGUUUCCGAACAUGCACAACAGAGUGGUGGAGGCAGCUUCAGCUCUAAAUAUGGGACUUGGGAGAACUGCUUGACUGCAUGAAUGCUUCUUUGAUCCUUCCAUAAGUCCCACUAAUAUAUUUUUUUUUUUAUAAAUUGUGAUGCAGAGUUCUCUUAUCACCGUUGCGCGGGCAUUUUGUCGAUUUUAGAGCUCACAGGGCUGCCCUGGGUUUUGUAUUUAUAUUAUAAAUCAUAGGUAAUAAUGUGUUUGUAUGUAAAAUGGUACAUUGCACAUGCAUCCUAGGUUUCUAUUGCCAUGCUUGUUGCUUGUACAAAACUACAUUGCAACUUGCAUGAAUGGUGGUGGGGCUGGUGGUUUUUGUAUGUUUGUAACAUUAUAUAAUUGUAUUGCAUAAAAUAAUAAGUUGCUCGAGUGGUAUUUUAUUGUGGUAAAUUCGGACCUUCCGCAUUUACCUUUAACCAA